CCUCAGCCGGUGGGCGGGACGGGGCGGGGCGGGGCGGUGGCGCCGCCAUGGCGCUGCCCGUGCUCUCCAGUUCGGGCGUCAAGUUCCGGCGGGUCCUGGCGCAUUUCCCUCAGGAGCUCAGCCUGGCCUUCGCCUACGGGUCCGGAGUGUUCCGGCAGGCGGGCGCCUCGGCCGGGCACGGCGAGGACAAUAUGCUGGACUUCGUGUUUGCCGUUGAUGAUUCUGUGACCUGGCAUAUGAUGAACUUGCGAAAGAACAGGAGUCAUUAUUCCUUCCUAAAAGUUUUUGGGCCAAAACAGAUAAGUAGUAUACAGAGCUACGGAGCAGGGAUUUACUACAACACCUUAGUGCCGUGUAAUGGUAGGAUUAUAAAAUAUGGUGUAAUUAGCACCGAUACCCUGAUUGAUGAUUUACUUCACUGGAAAACCCUUUAUGUUGCUGGACGCCUACAAAAACCGGUGAAAAUCCUGACGCAGAAUGAGAACAGCAAGCUGCAAGCUGCCCUUGUGAGCAAUCUGAAGAGCGCGGUCACAGCCGCCUUCCUCAUGUUACCGGAGAGCUUCUCUGAAGAAGAUCUCUACAUGCAGAUCGCAGGACUCUCCUAUUCUGGUGAUUUCAGAAUGGUAAUAGGAGAAGACAGAUGGAAAGUGCAGAACAUAGUGAAACCCAAUGUUCCCCAUUUUCAGAAGCUGUACAGCAACAUAUUGCGGGACUCCCCUCAAGUGGUGUAUAAGCACCAUCUGGGAAGGCUAGAGAUUGAUAAAAGUCCAGAAGGUCAAUUUACACAACUAAUGACUUUGCCAAGGACUCUGCAACAAAAGAUAACUUCUCUGGUAGGCCCUCCUGGAAAAAACAGAGACGUGGAAGAAAUUUUAUUGCAAGUUGCCCAUGACCCUGAGUGCGGACUUGUGGUGCAUCAAGGCAUUUCGGGAAUUGUGAGAUCUUCCAGUAUAGUGCAGAGCGCUAAAACCAUCCUGACAGCUGGAUGUGUCUCUUUUACUCUAGGUCUGUAGGUGAAGGCUCAUCCCUGGUAGAACUUCAGGAGGUGUUUUAACCCAAAGGGUACGCUUUACAAAUCGGGUGGGAGUCAUCCUCAGUCCCUUUGUACCUAAAACAUGUGAAAGCUCGGAGGCAAUGACUGCUGCAAAAUCCUUCUGCAUCUUUGUGAAAGCGGAGAAGCUCCUUCCUUGGUUGUCGGCCUGGAGGUCUGGUGGGAUUUACCAAAGCUGAGUUUACACGGGCUGCAGCGGGAUGGUGCUGGAGUCCGGCAGCCCUUCUGGCUUCCUGUGAGCUUUAUUAUAAACAGGUGGCACGCACGUUACUCUGAAGCAAAAUAUGUCCAGACAACAUCCCUGUGACAGGGUGUUCACACUGGCGUCCAUGGGUACCCAUCAUUGGUUCAGCAUUAUCUUUUUUCACCUAAGGGCACAGACGUUAUUUCAUUAUGCAAGUCGAGCAGUUUUAUUCUCUUGCGGAUGUGCUAUUCUCUCAGUUUUCAAAUGGUAGCUGCCAUUAGUUAGGAUGAGGCAAUAGCAAAUUAUUCAAGGUGGUUAUAAUAUACUUCGCAGCUUGUUGAUACCAGGACGCAUUUCUAGCUCAACAGUCAGCGGCGCAUUUCAUAUGAAAAAAACCAAUUAUCUUCUUUUCAUUUUGAAUUCACAAGCCUUUGCAUAGCAAUGCUCCAGGCUGCUUGUCCAAGGAAGCCGCAGGUGGGGUGCGGGGUCUGAUGAUAGUUAAUCAAGAUGCGCAUCAGCAUGAUGCUUCUCAGUUCUAACUGCGUAGAAUUGCUCUGCAACAAGGCGCCCAAGUGUCUGAGGUACAGCACCGGGCAAGGCUCACUAAACUCGGGUAGUUUGUCUGCCAGCUGUGCGUCGUGUAUUGGCUUGGGGAGGGUCUGCAGGAGACACGGGUGCUUUAAAGCCCUCCUGUAUUUAGCAUUUAGGGGCAAUGAUGUAAAGGUUCCCUCUCUACCAGUUCAGAGCUUUAUCGCUAAUCUCUAUGUUUGCUACACCGUGGUCGUUGUCUACAUAAUGUGCUUGUAUGCAACAUCGUCAGGCCUUCAGAAUGAACCAGUUCUAUUUUGCAUGCUUUGAUAUUAUUACAAGUAUUUUUUGUGUCGUUAUUUACUGUGUUCUGAAUGUGACAAGAAAGUUGUUUGCAUGUCUGCCUGAUGAAUUAGGUUGUCAUUCUUCUAGAGAAACAAUGUAGUAUGAAGCUAGUAUUUGAGUGUUUGAGUUAGCCUUCCUAAAUGUUGAUGUUUUCUGGGUUUUGUUUUUCUCUUUUUUUAGGAGCAAAGAAAUCUAUAACUUACAGUAUGAGGAAAUUAUAUAAAAUGUCAAAGGGAUGGUUAAGGAAGACAUCUUGAGUCUUGACAUACUCUGUAUGGGUAAAUAAAUGGUACUUUUUAUCUAAAUAUUUUGCAGGUGUUGCUUUGUCCACUUGAGAAGAUUAAAGUGUAUUUAAGAAGUCUGUUCUAAUAAUUUACAUGCCCAAUUUUACUGUUCAAUAGGAACUUUUGUUAGUAGUGGAAGGUUCGAUGGCAAUAGGGCAAAGGAAUUAUACUCUGUAAAUACCGACAUGAAUUUUCCUGUAUAAUAUAGCCUGGAUUUUCAGAAACCCUGAGUGAAAAGGAUUGAUUGUACAUAUGAAUUGAAAACCAAAGCCACCAAUUUUCUAUGUAUUGCUAACUUUAUUUUCCAGAAUACCCACAGGCUCUUUCAAAAUAUUCACUGUCCCAUUUUAGUUCUGCCAGAGACUUAUGGAACUGGAAAGUCCAUUGAGUUUUCAGUAGAUAUGAAGCUGUCCUCUUGAAACACGUUGUUUCUGCGCUUCCAGGUUCACCCUUAGGAUUGUGCUGAGGGUGCGUGCUGGCUGCGUCUGCACGGCACUCUUGAGGAAAAGCCGAUUUGUUCUCAGAUGUGUGACAUUCUGAAUCCAAAAACUCCCGGCGAUGACUUUCAGUGUGGGGAAGUGCGGUGAUUAGACAGGAUGCACGGCAGGACGCAGACAGAUCUGGUUCAGGAAGGAGUGCCGAGCAGAGCAGAGCAGAGAGCUGAGCCGGGCUGAGCCUUUCUUUAUUAGUCACUGACAAUUUAUAGGAUUUACAGAUGCAGGCCUGGACUAAGAUGUUACAUAAGAUGUUUUUCCAAUAAUUGUUGUUAAAAACACACCACACUCAUGUUAUGUUUGCUUCAAUUACGUUCUCACUCACAGACCAGGCCCGAGGACAUUCACACAUCCCGUGCCCUUGGGGAUGGUCAUCCAGCCUGAGAUACCAUUCUCACGAGUCUGGGCUAUCACUGUUUGCAAUUAUGAGAAACGUACUUCAACACAAUCUGUCCAAGGCCCUUUAUAUUUUGCUAUGAUCUAAUUAUGUCAGUAUUAUUUCUUUGACUGUCCAGAUGGUCAUGUUAGUAUUGAUCUUCCUUUAUCGUCCAGGUGGCUGGAACCGCACAUCUUGCUUUCCCACAGGGAAGUGUUUGAAAUGAGAGCCUUGUCAGGUGCUGGACCCUCUCAUCUAACUCGCGUGUACCUUGCACACCACUGGGAGCACAACUCUUGGAGUGUUGUCCCAGUGUCGGGGUUGGGAGGACAGUCAUCCUGUCAUUGACCUUCAGGAUCUGCUUGUGCAGAUGUCUGAAGUGCCUGUUGUAUGGCAGAGGAUUCUAUCGAAGUGCUUUGAAAUUGGGAAUUUUAUGAACAAAAGUACCUGUUGUUUGAUUCUUUUAUUAUUAUGUUUUCCUGAGAGUACUGUCCGCAAAGAUAAAACUUGUUCUCCCUUGCUUAAUUGAAUUAGGUAAACUAAAGAAAAUUGGACUUGUGCAUAGCAUGUUACAUUAAUCGUGCCAUUAAAGAAUGGACAUUUCUGGCAGUAUUACUGUGUGACGCAGUAAAUUUGGAGCAUCCGUUGUAAAUAGAAUGUUUUCCGCACUGAAUCAGGUGGGUUUGCCAACUUGUGAUGUUUUUCUUAAUAGAAAAAAUUGAGAGAACGCUUCAUUUUAUUUGUGAGUGUCAAUGGUAAAAAUAAUUUAAAGUAAAAAAACUGGAAAUAAAGUGUAUCUUUCCUGA